GAAAGACGUCUCAAAAAAACUUAUCUGCCCUAUCCAGAUCAAUGAAAUUCAGGGCAGACAAUGAGAAAGAAAGAGUAUGAGGUUUUUGUAAAGAUGGAUGUAUACACAGACUUCAAUUACUAAACCUGGAUGCAAUAAUAUAUAUCAUCAUCAUGAGACUAGGCAGUGACAAAAAGUAGCUAGGAAUUGACUUAUACUUGUAUAAUUGAAACAACCAAGUUAUUGGGCAAAUGAAGGAUUAAGAACCAGACACCAAUCACAGUGAAGAAGAUACAUGUAUUAUUCAUAUAAAAAAGAAGGUUGAGAAAGACAGGAAAUACUGUUUAUUUAGUAUCCUCUUUCAAGAUAAACACCGAAGACAGAAUUUAUGAAAAAAAAAUGUUGAGAAAUUUUUCUAUCUUAACAUGAAAUACUUGCUUUACAUAGUGUUUUCUUUCGUGACAAAUUCUCAGGAUUUUUAUCUGUUUUCUUUAUGACCAUUAACUUCCACCUUACUACGUAAGACUUAAAUCAAACAAAAAAAAACAACAAGGUUUUAUAACAAGCUCAGCAAAAUGUCAUAUGCUUCAGGAAGUAAGACACAUGUUUAUUAUAAUGUAAGGAACACAAGAUAUAUUUUUAGGUUUCAAUAUUCUGAAGAGGACUAUGCAAAUAAUCUUUCAUUUCUAAAUGACUUGACACCGGAGGAGGAAACCAAGAUGAACAAAUUCCUUCACUUCAUUGAUGAAACCGAACUAAAGUUCGAAAGACCACCGGAAGAGAUUAAUGACAUUAAAGAGGCUGUUCAUGAAGUAGUGGAUAGUUUUGCUAAGCAUUUAGAAAAUACUGAUCCGCUAUUAGCGGUUUCACAUAAGUAUGCUGUUGGAAGUAUGGCAGAAGGCACAAAAAUCAAAGAACCUGAUGAAUUCGACUUCAUACUGGUGCUUAAAGAACUAACUGCAGAUAACGUUUCUGUGGAAACUAUUACUGGAGAGGAUAUUUACAUAGAAUGUGAUGAUACAUGCAAUUGGUAUCACAGUCCUGCACCAAUGCCAAUUAUACAAAAAUGUACAAGUGAUGUUGAAUACCAACACAUUCAUCUACCCCUUACAAAUCUGGCUAACUCAGAUAACACAUACAAGAAAUUUCCAGGAAAAUGGAGAAGACUUGGUUAUGUUUGCAGUUGGAAAAAUCACUUCCUGCAAUGUCUCGAAAGAGAUUCAGAAAAUAUGUUAGGUUUCUUGAACCUUGAAGUGAAGAAAAGCACCGGCACUAUCAAAAAUAAGAAUCAAGACAUUAGUAAAGUUCUAAUCAAUGUUGGCCCUGCAAUGAAGUUAACGUUACUAUGGGAGUCGAAAUCAGGAAAUCAGUUAGAGAUAGAUGUAGACAUUGUACUGGCUAUAGAAAUGAAUGGAAUAGAAAACGUUAUAGCUAUGGAAGAAGUACCAUGUCAGAUGUACCGUAAAAUCUUGCUAGAAACUAACCAGUUUUUCUUGGUACCAAUACAGGAAGCAUACCCUGACGUCUGCUUCAAGGUUACCGUCACAACCACUAAGCAAAAAAUUAUGACUAAUCUCUCAAAGGAACACAUUCUCUGUUACAGGAUUCUUAAAUAUCUAUUUCAGAGGAAGGGGGAUUGCAAUUCUGAAAAUCUCCUAAGCAGCUACUUCUUAAAAACUUUCCUUCUACGGCACGCAGUCUUGUGUAAAUGUCAAUACAACCCAGCUCGCUGUUUAACAGACAUUUUGAAAAUUUUAUCCAUUGCUCUUAAAAUAUGCAAACUAAACUAUACUUCUAGUGAUUAUAUGACUGCAGAACACCUUUUCAUACCAGGAUUAGAUUUAGAUAAUGGUCAAAACUAUAUCCAUAAUGACAUAAGUAAAUACCUAACAGUGAAUGCUGAACAGCUGCUGGAAGCUGCAAAAUCUGAACACAAUGAUCAAAUCAAAGACCUUGAGAGACUGAAAGAUGCAUGGAAAACAGUAAAAGAUGAAAUAUCAGAAAACUGGACAGGUUCCAUCAAUGCAUGUAUAGGCUUUGUUCUAUACAGCAUAGUUAAAGGUCCUGGAGAACCCACUGACAAAGAAAAAAAGAUAGCCAGACUGUCAGAGAGUUUGUCCCUUCUGGGAGUACAUCUAUGAAUGAUAUAGCUACAGGUCCUGAACAAGCAAUUGCAACACUAUAUAUGAUAGCAAAACAGUUUGACCCAUUAUGCUUUAUAAACAAGUAACAACUAAUUGAACUAUACAUGUGUUCCUGUUUCAGUUGCAAUACUGACUGCUACAGUAAAUAUUUACCUAGUGAAAAUAUGACAUGUAUAAAAAUUUUCAGAAAUGAAAAAUUGUAUUUAUAACAAUAAAGAUAAAAACAAACUAUUAAAGCACUGACAGGUAUUAUUGGAGACAUAAUUCAGUUAUCAGCAUGCAGUUUAAGUUCUUACAUGUAAAGGAUCCCACCUGUAUCUUCUUAAAAUAAAGUAGUUUAGCAAAGAAGUUACGUAUUUAUCAUAGGUACCCUGAGGCCGGACAUAUUCUGCUCUGCUGACUACACACCGUGAUCAGACCAUUCUUUACCUUAUGUGAAAAACUUUACAUUUAUAGUCAAAGAAUAACCCAUAAUCUUCGAUUUAAAUGCUUCUUUACAAUAUCCAGAAUUUAAAAAAUGACAAGGUAGCCCACACGCCAUUUUUUCAAGCAUUUGAAGUGGAUCGAACCAGCUUUGGAAGUGAAAACACAUGCGCAUGCCGGGAAUCUCACACUUUUUACCUAUCACCACAGAUACUGUAGUUUUCAUUGCCAAGCUGAAUUCAAUCUACUUCCAUCUGUUGAAAAAAAUGACAUGAGAGCUUCCUUGUUUUUUUUUUUAAUAUCAUCCGUAAAUUCUGGAUAUUGUAAAGAAGCAUUUAGAUUGAAAGUUGUGGGUUAUCUGGUGACCAUCAACAUAAAGAAGUUAAAAUAGGAGAAACAAGUGAAUGAAGUAUUGCCAUGCAAUACAAAGUCCCCAACUGGAAGGCACUAUAUUUUCUCUACUGCAGUAUAACAUAAUGAACUGAUAUGAUAUCUGUCAAUAAUGUAUCAAUAAUAUUGUACUAUAUAUAUGUUAUAAAAAAACACUUGGAUUAAAAUUUGUAUAUAGCUUUUUUUUGAGCCAAUUAUUAAAAAGGUAUCAUAUUAUUUAUAGUCAAAAGAAAACAAGAGUGCCAGAAUGUCACAAUAUACGCCCGUCACAGCAAAUUUCUUUACAUUAGCACCUGUAUUUGCAAAUGGAAUUUUAAUUUUGUGGUUGUUUACUAUGUUUUAUUUUGUUAAUUAUUGUAAUUCUUUUGUUUUUCUAAGUCCACCAAAAAAUCCUUACCAGGUAGAGAUACCUUAAAAUACACCUAAAAUUUGAAAGUAACAUCUAUGUUGUACCACAGAAAAGUGGUCUUGGUUUUUCCCUACGAUCAAUUAUAAAAAAAAUUACAAUGUAAGUUAUUUAUAAUAACAACUAAGGGAAGUUAAUCUUUAAAAAAAAAAAAAAAAAAAAAAAAAUUGUAAGUCCACAUAAAAAUACUUACCAGGUAGUGAUAGGUCAAAAUACACCUCAGAAUUGGAUGUAACAUGCAUGUUGUACUACAGAAAAGUGGUCUCGAUUUUUUCCCUACGACUAGUAAUGAAAAAGUUACAAUAUAAGCUAUUUAUAGUAACAACAAAGGGAAGUAAUUCUAAAGAAGGGACCUGCGCAUGACACUCCACCUCAUGAUGGUGUACAAUUGUGCCAAGUUACAUCAAAAUCCCUCCAUGCAUAAAGAAGAAAUGCUCCGGACAAAGUCAUUCUUGUAUCUGACCUUUAGCCUCUAUGACCUUGACCUUAGACCUAGGAACUGGUUCUUGCGCAUGACACUUUGACUCAUGGUGGUGAACAUUUGUGCCAAGAUAUAUCAAAAUCCCUCCAUGCAUGAAGAAGAUAUGCUCCGGACAAAGUUUUCAUUCUUGUAUCCUUUGACCUCUAAGUGUAACCUUGACCUUAGACCUAGGGACUUGGUUUUUGCGCAAGACACUCCGUCUCAUGAUGGUUAACAAUUGUGCCAAGUUACAUCAAAAUCCCUCCAUGCAUAAAGAAGAAAUGCUCCAGACAAAGUCAUUCUUGAAUUUGGCAUUUGACCUCUAAGUGUGACCUUGACCUUAGACCUACGGACCUGGUUCUUGCAAACAACAAUCCGCCUCAUGGUAGUGAACAUUUAUGCCAAGUUACAUCGAAAUCCCUCCAUGCAUGAAGAAGAAGUGUUCCAGACAAAGUUAAUCUUGUAUCUGACCUUUGGCCUCUAUGUGUGACCUUGAUCUUCGACCUAGGGACCAGGUUCUUGCGCACGACACUCAAUCUUACAUGUCUUAUAGUGGUGAACAUUUGUGCCAAGAAAUAUUCAAAUCCUGUUUUGCAUGACAAAGUUAUACACCGGACAGGAAAAAUGUCCCACUGACCUUUGAUCUCCAAGACUUAGUGUGACCUUGACCUUUAAGCUAGGUUUCUGGGUGUUGCGCACAACACACUGUCUCAUCAUGGGGAACAUUUAUGCCAGGUAAUAUUAAAAUCCCUUGAUGGAUGACAGAGUUCUGGACCGGACAGGAAAAAAAACCCUAUUGACCUUUGACCUCCUAUUGUGACCUGGACCUUAUAGCCAGGGUUUUGCACAUGACACGUCAUCUCAUCAUGGGGAACAUUUGUGCCAAGUAAUAUUAAAAUAUCUUCAUGGAUGGCAGAGUCAUGGACCGGACACGAAAUAGACCCUGUUCAUGCCAUGUUAACAUUUGAAAGCCAAGUGUGACCUUGACCUCUGAGCUAGGGGUCUGAAAGUUGUGCAUGACACAUCAUCUUAUUAUGAGUUACAUUUGUGCCAGGUAAUAUUAAAAUCCCUUCAUGGAUGGCAGAGUUAUGGACCAGUCAGGAAAAAGACCCUGUUGACCUUUGACCUCCAAUAGUGACCUUGACCUUUAAGCUAGGGGUCCGGGUUGUGCGCACGACACAUUGUCUCAUCAUGGGGAACAUUUGUGCCAAGUAAUAUUAAAAUCCCUUCAUGGAUGACAGAGUUA